AUGAGCAAAACUGUUUUCGUCUCUGGUGCAACUGGUUUCAUCGCUACCCAUAUCGUCAAUGAUUUACUACAAGCCGGUUAUAAAGUCAUUGGUUCAUCUAGAUCCGUUGAAAAGGGUGAAGAAUUGAAAAAACAAUUCAAUAACAAUCCUCAAUUAUCCAUGGUUGUCGUCAAGGAUAUUGCCCAAGAAGGUGCCUUUGAUGAAGCAUUUGCCAAGUAUGGUAAGGAAAUCUCCGUUGUCUUACAUACUGCAUCUCCUUUCACUUUCAACGUAAAAGAUUACGAAAAGGAUUUAUUAAUCCCAGCUGUUAAUGGUACUAAAUUUAUCUUAAACGCUAUAAAGAAAUAUGCUGCUGAUAAUGUGGAACAUGUUGUUAUUACUUCUUCAAUGGCUGCUGUGGCUGAUGUUAAACAAAUGGCUACACCAAUCACUUUGACUGAAGAAAGUUGGAAUAAUCAAACUUGGGAAGGUUGUAGAACUGACCCUGUGACUGCUUAUUGUGCUUCUAAAUUGUUUGCUGAAAGAGCUGCAUGGGAAUUCUUAAAGGAAAAUAAAGAUCAAGUUAAUUUUACUUUGAGUACUGUUAAUCCUGGUUACGUUUAUGGUCCACAAAUGUUUGUUGAUGCAUCAAAGAAAGUUUUGAACACAUCUAGUGAAAUUAUCAACCAAAUCGUUCAUGCCACUGAGGAAUCUCAAAUUAUGGAAAUUUGUGGUCCUUAUAUUGAUGUCCGUGAUGUUUCUAAAGCUCAUUUAGCUGCUUUUGAAAAGAAGGAAUGUUAUGGUCAAAGAUUAUUGUUAGCUGAAGGUAUGCAUGCUAGUCAAGAUAUCUUGGAUAUAAUUAAUGAAGAUUUCCCACAAUUGAAAGGUAAAAUCCCAGUUGGUAAACCAGGCUCUGGUAGUGAAAUUCUAGCCAAAAAUUGUAAAGUAGACAAUAGAAAGAGUAAACAACUAUUGGGUUUCCCAUUUAGAAGCUUAAAACAAACUGUUGAUGAUAGUGUUAAACAAAUCUUGGAAGUUGAAGGUAGAUUAUAA